AUGCUUAUUGCCCGAAACUUUUUCACGGCUGCCGUACCCCUAUCCUCCAAUGUUAUUACACCCGCUGACUCUAAGUCCGCGCUCUACUAUGAUUCAACUUCUACAAACACCCCUACCUCUACUGGUAAACGCUAUAACUACCAGGAAGAAAAAGCCCAGGCCUACCGUAAUAACUUCGAAAUCAAAGCCCUGAUAGAUGCUAACCCUAAUACGUCUAUUGCUACACCGGAUAACAUUAACAAGUACCUUAAUACCAAAGUAGUAACUCCUGAUAUGCUGGAACAUUGCCAGAGCAUGUAUGAUAACGCUAAGUCAUACCCCGUACCCUGGGUCAAGAGUGAAUCAAAAGAAUUCAUUAAUGAUAACGGGCCUCUUUAUUGGGAACAAGGUAUAGAACCACACCAUGCGGUAUACCAUAUUACUAUUGCCGGUGAUGACUACAUUGGGCAAACUUCGCACUCGGGUCGACGGGUUAAAGAACACCUAACACCUUCAAAAGGUAAGGAGAAGUUCUAUGUACACAAAAAAGCUAAACUAGGCUUUGUUACUAUCUGUCUAAUUACCCCUAAGGAUACUAUAGGUCUUGAUAUCCAACUAUUCAAGAAUAUCCUUGAACAAUACCUUAUCCUGGCUCUACGGCCUACUGUUAAUGGAAUACUAGUUGUACAACGAGGUGGUGACACCACUAACCCUACUACAGUUAAGGCUCAACAUGCUCUAUCUGUUACUUACUACGUUUACCACAAUGGUACCCUUAUCUUUGUUUCUAAGACCCAACGGGAGCUCUCUGGUCUACUAGGUAAGAACCCUAUAUUUAUGGCUAAUCUCAAAAAGAAGGCUAGUCACACUAUUAAUGAUGUUACACUUACUCGGACACCCCUGGUUGAUGCUCCUGAAAGCCUUAUGGCACCUAAUGACUUUGCUCAGUUUAUAGCUGAACGGUCUAAGAAGGUUUACUCUAAAUACAACCCCCGGCAAAUCAUUGUUAUUGAUACUGUAACAGGGGAGCGGACUGGUCCAUUCUCUACUCGAAUGGCUACUGCUAAAUCCAUUGGAACUAACAGUACUCGCCCUAUCCAGGAAAACCGACGUACACCGUACCAAGGCCGAUACUACUUUGAGUUUAUUAACUUAGUGUGUGCGACCCCUUGAUUAUUUGUAAACCUAUAACUCACUUGAGCCCGAUGCCAAUUACACUCCAGUCUAUUUAA